AUGGAAUGUUCAACAGAAAAUGGAAACCCUCAACAACAAGAAAAGCAGCAAUCAUGGAAACCUUUUAUGGUGUGUUUUAUAGCAAUGAUGGUCUUUAUAUCCUUUCUCCCUGCAGCGGAGGUCAUGAAACAAGCAGUGAAUUUGACUGUGACACAAGAAAUUGGCAACAACAACAACAACAACAACAGUUUAUUACCUUCUCCUAUGUUAUCACCUCAUGUAUCUCUAUCCUCUGAUGAUGAAAUUGACGACAAUGAACCAAUGUCUCCUCCUCCUUUGACUCAAAAUGGCUUUCAACUGGAUGAUUUACUGGAUUGGGAAGGCCAACAAACUGUGUGA